GUAACAUUAGAGUCGAGACAUAGUAGACGUGUUUUUGGGUGCUCAACCUUCGAAGUAAAAAAUCGCGCCACAAGUUAGCAGCUAGUUGUGGAAAUUAUUCACAGUACACAUCUUUAGUCUCUAUCGAGGUAUCAGUGAAAAACAAAAGUGAUUUGCAAUGGCCAUAACAAGAGAGAUAAGAUAUGAAUUUAAAUCUCAUGUAAGUAGCAGCAUUACUUCAGUCAGAAUUAUGACCAAUUUAUCACUCGAAUCGCACAAAAAGUGGCAGACAAUAUAACAAAAAGUCUGGUGGAAAAAAUGACCGUACUAGAGAAGAAAAUGGAGGAUAUAAUUUCGUUCAAUAAUAUUUGAAGAGGUCAUCAAAAUGGUUAGCUCUCUUAUGGGAGUUAACAUCAAGCAAGAAGAUAUCUUAGACUGCAGGCGCUUGGGGAAAAACGAGAUGGUAAAUCAAGAGGUAUCAUACUUAAGCUGAAUGUGUGUGAUGAAACAAAGUAUCUAUAAUAAGAAAAAAUCGCUAAAAGGUUUUAACAUAUGUAUAAAAGAAAAUCGGCUCAAACUCAUGGAAGCAGUGAUUGAGAAAACGUCACUGACAAGUGUUUGGUCAUAUUUAGCGGUUUUGGUCAAGAUGACAUUCUAUGAUCCGGACUUCAGUAUACAGUAUGUUUUCCCUUUGAUGAAGUUAUCUGAAAAACUAGGAAUAACACCCACUAUCAACUUGGAUACCAUGAAAAUAAAAUCUAACAAGUACUACCCUUCAGCAGCUGCUGCAGUUGUAACACUAUGUUCUUUAUUAAACUUCUGGGACACCCUGAAAAUGAUCCCAAAUGUACGAGGAACAUCUACUGUUUUGGAGAUUCUAUGGUCGAUUUUCGAUUUGUUGAGGAGCCUAGUGACAAUAGCUGUGGCUUACUUCAGAGCCGAAUUGUGGGACACCUUUUUGAAUCUGUUCAGAAAUUUCGACGACAGAUUGAAUAAAAAAGAGCAAAAGAUAGUCAAAAAAGAUAUAAUUAUUGUAGAAAUAAUUUUCCAUCAUGCUCUUUUAUUAGGCAUAUUCAUAUACGACAGCAUGAUGGAAUUAUCCAAGGGCAAGGACCAGUUGUUCUUCGUCAAGUACAUCGGUUACUACCAUUGCUUCUUAUCAAUCCUGGUAGAACUACAUUUUGCAUCUGCUUUGAGGAAGAGGUAUAAAAAAAUCAACAUGUUACUUUUAAAGACGACGGAUUUGCAGAACAUCUUAAACAACUUCAUAGCUCAUUAUGGUACUACCGGAGUUGACAACUUAAGAAGCAUUAAGGAAGUGACUGAUUACUAUCUCUUACUGUCAGAAUUGGUGGACAUAUUCAAUAAGUUAUUUGGGUGGCAAAUAUUUCUUCUGACUGAAAGCACCAUAAUCCAAAUACUUUUAGUAUUAAAUACUGUCAUGCUGAGCUUAGACUCUUCUCAACAUAGUCUUGAUGCCUUGCAUGACCUUGGUGAUUUGUUUUUCGUGGUCGCAGGCGCUGCCUGUCUCAUUUUCUUUCAAGUUAUGGUGAUAUUAUACUGCGAAGAUGUAAACAAAGAGUCUAGAAACACGUUGAAGAUUUGUUACAACUUACAAGAAAGUGUUCAAAUGAAUUCUGAAGAAAAGAAGGAACUGGCAAUUUUAUGCGACGUAGUGGGAUUACUGAAAACAAGAACUACAGCGUCCGGGUUCUAUACCAUAAAUAAGAAUGUUAUAAGCAGAGUAUUUGCAUACAUAUUUUCGUACUCAAUUGUUUUGAUUCAGUUCAGUAGGCAGUCUCUCACAGAUCAGUCUGCAUCAUCUAAUGAGACAAACUUGUAAUAAUUUCAAAGUUGUAUAUAUGUAAUAUCUUUUGUUAACGAAUGUAGAAUAAAACUUCAAUUGUGAAUUGAAAAAAACAUGAAGUCGAUGCUAUCCUGUAUUUUUAGUCAAUAUUCAAAGAGUGUUGGGUUAAAUUUAUAUGUCAAACAAAUAGACAGAGUGAUUCAAAACACCAUGCCAAAAAGUAUGGUGAAGCCUAUACCCAUGUCCAAGUCAUAGUGACAUCGAAAUUUGAUGAUAACUCGUAACUGACGUGAUUGUUUCAAACAUCCACGUCGUAAUAACGUCUACUAAAUGUCCAAUUAUGUACG